CAAAAAAAGCAAAAAAUCCAAUAGAUUCUCUUAUAAAAUUACAAGAGAUUGAUCCUCGUAAAUUAGGAAACUUUUUCCAAUAUAGAAAUCCGAAAAAGACUAAACUCCUCCAUCCACGCAUCACAAACCGCUUCACUUUACUCACACUUUCCCUCUCCACUCUCUUUUAUUCUUCUUCUACCAUCAUCACUGAGUCACACACUCCCGAGUCACUCACGGGCUCACUCUUCACUUCCCCAAACACACAAACCUUAAACCUCAUUCUUUCUCAAAAACCAUGCGCUGUUCCCGUUUUACCCCUCGCCUUUUUCUCUAUUUCCCAAUCUCUACCACCGAACCAAAACCCUUAAUCGGAGCAAACCAUACUUCAUCAAGAUUCUGCUCCCGAUAAAAUAAACUCUAAUUUUUUUUAAUUGUUUUUUUUUUUAUUUUUUAUUAUAGUUUAAAUUUUUCUAUUAUGAAAAAGAAGUGCACAGUGGCUUCCAUGGAACAUACCGCAGCGAAACCUAGCUCUGUCCGGAACCUUCUAAUACGGUUACUUCUCUCCGGCGUAUUCAUCAUCGCUAUUCGUUUCGCUUACGUCAUCUCCAUCGCCGGCGAGUCAUGUAACGUCGCCGAUUUCUGCUUCUUCUCACUUCCGGAGACAUUCAGUCUCGCUAUUUCCGGUAAUGAUCCUAUCUCCGUUGACUCAGGUCCCGGCGCCGGCCGUGGUAAUUCAUCGUUAUCGGAGCUUUAUUCUAGCAAGGAGUGGCUUGACAGUGUGAGUUUCUACUCGUCGGUUUUUCAUGAUUUGAUCGGCGGCGGUUACCUUUCGCCGGAGUCGAAGUCUCUCUGCGUUGAAACGCCGACCGGACGGGAUGUUUUCGCUCUGAGGGAAAUCGGCGUCAAAAACGCCAUCGGAAUCUCGAAGAAAUCAGUAAAGCCGCUUGUGAAAUCAGGAACCGGUGAGCGGAUUCCGUUCGGUGACGGUUACUUUGAUUUUGUGUUUUCCGGUGAAGGCUCGUUCGCGAGGUCGGCGAAGCCGGCUGUUUUCGCAGCAGAGAUUGCUCGGACGCUGAAACCGGAAGGAUUUGCGGUAUUUCAUUUCACAAACCCUAAAGAUACUUAUAGUUUCAAUUCAUUCCUUGAUUUGUUUCAUUGUUUCAAAGUAGUGAAAUUGCAUGUUUUAGAAGGGUUUGAUUCUUCAAUGCCUUAUAUACAUGAAACUGUAUUGAAAAAUGAGUGUGUUGAUUAUGGUUCUGGUAAAUUUGACAGUGAUUAUUAUUCACAUUCAAAUGGAAAUUGUUAUGUUCCUGGUUAUAAGAAAGAUUUGAUUAGGAUUGCUGAGCCUUUGAUUGAAACGGAACCGUUGAAACCAUGGAUUACAUUGAAAAGGAAUAUAAUGAACAUAAAGUAUCUUUCUUCAAUGGUUGAUAUAAGUUUCAAAAAUAGGUAUUUGUAUGUUGAUGUUGGAGCUAGAAGCUAUGGUUCUAGUAUAGGAUCUUGGUUUAGGAAACAGUAUCCUAAACAGAACAAGACAUUUCAUGUGUAUGCUAUUGAAGCUGAUAAGACUUUCCAUAAGGAGUAUGGGAUGAAGAAAGGGCUUACUUUGAUUCCUUAUGCUGCUUGGGUGAAGAAUGAGACUUUGGCUUUUGAGAUUCAUCGUGAUCCAGGGGAGCAUGUGUCAGUUAAAGGAAGAGGAAUGGGUAGGAUUCAACCUUUGCAGAUGACAGGGAAGGAGUUUGAUGGGGAGGUGGAGAAGAUGCAGGGAUUUGAUUUUGCUAAUUGGUUGAAGAACACGGUUUCAAAGAAUGAUUUUGUUGUGAUGAAAAUGGAUGUGGAGGGUACUGAAUUUGAUCUCAUUCCGAGGUUGUUUGAAACUGGGGCGAUAUGUUUGAUAGAUGAGAUUUUCCUUGAAUGCCAUUACAAUAGGUGGCAGAGAUGUUGUCCUGGGCAGAGGAGUUCAAAGUAUGAGAAAACAUAUGAUCAAUGCUUGGAGCUCUUCAAUUCUCUUCGACAAAGUGGAAUUCUUGUUCAUCAAUGGUUUUAAUUGCAUGAUAGGUGAAAUUCUUCUAUACUUGUUCCGUAACACUAUUGUUUUCAAAUAUAUCACUUCCCAUCCUCCCUUUUUUCCCCACACAAUAGAAAUUAGAGAAUAUUACCUUGUUUCAAAUUUCUUUCCAUGCAAACAUUGGAAUUGAAAAUCAAUGCAUUUCUUGAAAUUAACUGUAUUCUCUGCUCAUAUGUCAUCUUUGAUUUACCUUGUAUAGAUAUGGAAAUUGAUAACUAGAUUCUGUCAUCUCUUAUUUGCUUAUACUCUGAAGAGAAUUUGAUUGUUCUAUUUUUAUAUUUUUUUGGAAUAAAUUUGAUUGUUCUAUUUUGUCA